CGCUUAGUGUUUACACAUGUUUGCAAGUUCACGUGGGGAAGAUUUUCACAAUUUAAAAUGUCCACAAAGAAAAAUAAAAGUAAGUCGAAAAAGGCGAGUGAAGGAGACAGCUCUCUCGUCCUGAAGGAAGGCUCAAAUGACUCCUCCAACCUGCAAACAUCACUUCACGAAGGAGGAAGCAGCAGAAGUUUAAAUGGCAAUUCAUUAAUAGUCAUGGAUUUUAUUGACAAAGCUGAUGACAAAACGCCAAGAUGUUGCAGAUCAACUUUAGCACAAAUGAGCCUCAAUUCAAUGAAGUCCGCCAGCGUCUGCAUCGGAAGACCAGUCCUACUGAAGAGUCCCACAGGACAGCAAGAGGUGUGUUUAGGAUGGCCAGUUGCAGCUUUUCCCAGUGGGAAAGUUGGUCUUCAGAGAUGUGCUCAGAGUAACCUCAGGGUGAAGUCAGGGGAUGAGGUGACGCUGCACCCACUGACAGGUCCUGUUCUUCAAGUGGAGGAGGUGACUCUCUCCAACAGAUCAAAAGACGACACACUAGAGACGGAUGAGUUUAAAAACUUCUUCCUGAGGUCUCUGGUUGGGACCAUCAUUUUGCCUGGAAAUGUCAUUCCCCUGACCUACUUUGGCCGUUCAUGCAGUCUCAGGGUCGAGGCCAUCAGAGGGGAGGAUGGUGUCACCCUCCACAGACCGUCUCCUCCACCGGGCCUGAGCCCUGACACGGAGGAGUCCUCUGUGAUGAACUCAGUGCUGGACUCCUCAGCAGUUGACCUCUCUCUGCAGCUCAGCCAACUCACUGUGGAUGACAACAACACUGAAGAGACACCAAGCACGCCUGCAGAGCCUGGGCCUUCAGCCAGCACCCCACGCCGACCAGCUCUUCUCUCCCCUCUCUCCUCAACCCCUGCUCCUUCCUACAGCUCCCAGAAUCCUCCCACAGAGGGCUCAGCAGAGGAUGCUGUCAAUCUAGAGAGCUCACUCAGCUCAGAGAGAAUCCCCACAGCUCCCCCUGGUGGUGCUUUGAGUACUGACACCUUCUACUGCCUCUCCUGUUCCACCAAAGUCAGCUUCAGGGACAAUGCAGGGAAGAAAGAGAAAGAUAAAGAAGCUAAAAGCUCUAAAGUCACAUACAGCAUGAUUGGCGGGCUCAGCAGCCAGUUGGAUGUCAUCAGAGAGACCAUUGAGCUUCCACUGAAACACCCUGAGCUCUUCUCCAACUAUGGGAUCCCACCUCCCCGAGGAGUUCUUCUGUACGGUCCCCCAGGUACAGGAAAGACUAUGAUUGGCCGAGCCAUAGCCAAUGAGGUUGGAGCACACAUGACGGUGAUCAAUGGCCCAGAGAUCAUGAGCAAAUUCUACGGUGAAACAGAAGCAAGGCUGAGGCAGAUUUUUACUGAAGCAUCUCAGAGACAGCCUGCGAUUAUCUUCAUCGAUGAGCUUGAUGCUUUGUGUCCAAAGAGAGAAGGAGCUCAGAAUGAGGUGGAGAAACGAGUUGUUGCUUCUCUGCUGACUCUGAUGGAUGGGAUUGGUUCAGAGGGUCACUCAGGUCAGCUCUUGGUCCUGGGGGCCACAAACCGACCCCAUGCUCUUGACCCUGCACUGCGCCGACCAGGACGCUUUGACAAGGAGCUGGAGGUUGGAGUUCCCGGUGCUGUGGAGCGUGCAGAUAUUUUGCAGAAGCAGUUGAGUUUGGUGCCUUGCAGCGCCUCAGCUGCCGAGGUAAUGCAGCUGGCUGACGUUGCCCACGGAUACGUAGGAGCCGACCUCGCUGCUGUUUGCAAAGAAGCAGGUUUGCAUGCCCUAAGGAGAGCCCUGGGAGGUUCCCACCAACCAUCAGACCAGCAGCUGAUGGGAUCAGUGACCGUCACUCUGCAGGAUCUCCAGUGGGCCAUGUCUGUUGUGAAGCCGAGCGCGAUGAGGGAGGUCGCCAUCGAUGUCCCCAGGGUUCGCUGGUCUGAUGUCGGUGGGAUGGAGGAGGUGAAGCUGAAGCUCAAGCAAGCUGUAGAGUGGCCCCUGAGACAUCCCGAAGCCUUUACCCGAAUGGGGAUCCAGCCUCCGAAAGGAGUCCUGCUCUAUGGGCCCCCGGGGUGCUCCAAGACCAUGAUAGCAAAGGCUCUGGCUAAUGAGAGUGGGCUCAACUUCCUGGCAAUUAAAGGUCCAGAAUUGCUGAGCAAGUAUGUUGGAGAGUCUGAACGCGCAGUCAGAGAGGUGUUUCGGAAGGCGAGGGCCGUCGCUCCUUCCAUCGUCUUUUUUGAUGAGAUUGACGCUCUUGCCUGUGAAAGAGGAAGCUCCUCAGGCUCAAGCGGUGUAGGAGACCGGGUCCUGGCCCAGCUCCUGACAGAGAUGGACGGCAUCGAGCAGCUCCGGGACGUCACUGUGCUGGCCGCCACCAACCGGCCCGACAUGAUCGAUAAGGCUCUCAUGCGUCCAGGUCGCCUCGACCGGAUCGUCUAUGUGCCUCUUCCAGAUGUUCCAACUCGACGUGAAAUAUUUUCUCUCCAGUUCCGCAACAUGCCGGUGGCCCAAAAUGUGUCGGUUGAUGAGCUGGUGGCUAGGACCAACAAGUAUUCAGGGGCAGAGAUAACAGCAGUAUGCAGAGAGGCUGCCCUCCUGGCCCUACAAGAGGACAUCAAAGCUCAGCACGUCCAGGCCAGACACUUUGAAAGUGCCCUGAACACUGUGAAGCCCCGGAUCCCCGACUCUCUCAUACAGUCGUAUAUCAGCUAUCAGCAGCAGCACAGCGGCCUGUGCUUCUUCUGAGCACGCCACCGCGGACAAAGUCAGAACUAACACGACUAUCCUGCUAAAUGAAUGUCACUUUAGAGAACACAAGAGGAAAUUUAUGUUGACUUUUCUGUUCUAGCAGCGCUGUUUUUCUGAAAUAUGAGUCAAAGUAUGU